GUCGCCUGUGAUUCCCGACGGAUAUGAAGACCCUGGCCAUCGCUGUUGCCCUCGUGGCGUUUGUCGCUGUCAGUGUCAGCGGUGAUCCUGAAGCUGAUGCUGAGCCCAGCCGCUAUAGAGGCGGCUUUGGAGGGCAUGGGCUCGUGUCCUACAGACCUGUGUAUAGCAGCUACGGAUACGGACGCUGGAAGAGGAGUGCUGAGGCUGAGCCUGUAGCUGAGGCUGAUGCUGAGCCCGAAGCUGAUCCUUCCCGCUUCGGAUACGGGUAUGGCGGCUAUGGACAGGUGUCCUACAGGCCCGUGUACAGCAGCUACGGAUACGGACGCUGGAAGAGGAGUGCUGAGCCUGUAGCUGAGGCUGAGCCCGAGGCUGAUCCUUCCCGCUUCGGAUACGGGUAUGGCAGCUAUGGGCACGUGUCCUUCAGGCCCGCGUACAGCAGCCACGGUUACGGACGCUGGAAGAGGAGUGCUGAGGCUGAACCUGUAGCUGAGGCUGAGCCCGAGGCUGAUCCUUCCCGCUUCGGAUACGGGUAUGGCGGCUAUGGACAGGUGUCAUUCAGGCCCGUGUACAGCAGCUACGGAUACGGACGCUGGAAGAGGAGUGCUGAGGCUGAGCCCGGAUUCAGCUUCGGUCGCGGAUUCGGAGGUCACAGCAGCUUCGGAGGCUACAGGGGCUAUGGAGGCUACGGCGGGAGCUUUGGAGGACAUGGUCGUUUCUAUGGCUAAGGAAUUUUGGUUCAAGAAAGAUGAAUUAAACUGAGCAAUUUCA